AUGAAUCAAAUUAUCCCUCUAACUAAACAACUAAAUGAUUUAAAUAAUAAGCUUGGCUCCCAAAUUACUUGUGAACGAAAGUCUCGUGCUAAUCUUAAUACCAAGCAGUUAAAAGAAAUAGAAUCACUAAAGUCUGAGAUUAAUUUGAAGGAUUUUGAAAUUACCUCUUUUGAGGCUAGAAUAAAUGAAUUGGAGGCUGAUGUAAGUGAUCUGGAAGAUGAACUAGAACAGAUCUCUUUAAAACCAGAUUCGUCAUCUAAUGAUUCGAAAACAGGUGGCGAUGCAGUAGAAGAAGUAUCCGGUUUCUCUAAAAUACUCUCUUUUUCUUCACAUCACUCAGAGCCUGAACACGAUGAAAGCAAAGUAAAAGAUGUGGUGGAGCCCCUCAUAGACUAUGUCUGCAAUAAGCAGAAAGAGAAACUCGAUAAUAUUCAAGCCUUACCUAUUGUUACAUUAGGG